ACUGGCCUAGAACUUUCUUUCGGAAUUCCCUGUGGCUUCUGGGAGAACCAGCGGUGUCUGUGAGCUUGGGCGGCUGUUGGCGACAAGUGCCUCAGAGAGCCACACGCUUCCAUGCUGCGGAGCUGAGGCGAUCUCCUCAGACCCUUCAGAGAGACGCAGACAUCCGACUUCCCACUGAAAGACCUGGAGUUGCCCAGAGUUUGAGAAAGCUGCGUCAGAGACUGCAACAGUCAUCACACAUUCCUGUCUGAUCAAGCUCCCUCCCUCAAGUCCUCUGCGAUGGCUCGGACAAUGCUUCAGGACUGGUGCAGGUGGAUGGGUGCGAACGCAGAGCGCUCCCUGCUCAUCCUGGGUAUCCCUGAUGACUGCGAGGAGCAUGAGUUCCAGGAGGCAGUGCGGGCUGCCCUGUCACCCCUGGGCAGGUACCGAGUGCUCACCAAGCACUUCAGAAAGGAGCUCGGGGCCAAGGUAGCCUUUGUGGAGUUCGCUGAGUAUUUAAACCGAAGCUUGAUUCCCUGUCAAAUACCAGGCAAAGGAGGGCCCUGGAAAGUGAUCUCCCUGCCCCAGGCUCCUAAUGUUGAGUUUCAGGAUAUGCCCAGUUUUCGUGCACAGCCACAGGGGCAAGCAGUGGCCAGAGGUGCAGGUGAGGCAGGAUGCGCAGGUGAGGGAGGAGGCGCAGGUGAGGCAGGAGGCGCAGGUGAGGCAGGAGGCGCAGGUGAGGGAGGAGGCGCAGGUGAGGCAGGAGGCGCAGGUGAGGGAGGAGGCGCAGGUGAGGCAGGAUGCGCAGGUGAGGCAGGAGGCGCAGGUGAGGGAGGAGGCGCAGGUGAGGCAGGAGGCGCAGGUGAGGGAGGAGGCGCAGGUGAGGCAGGAGGCGCAGGUGAGGGAGGAGGCGCAGGUGAGGGAGGAGGCGCAGGUGAGGCAGGAGGCGCAGGUGAGGGAGGAGGCGCAGGUGAGGCAGGAGGCGCAGGUGAGGGAGGAGGCGCAGGUGAGGCAGGAGGCGCAGGUGAGGCAGGAGGCGCAGGUGAGGGAGGAGGCUCAGGUGAGGCAGGAGGCGCAGGUGAGGCAGGAGGCGCAGGUGAGGGAGGAGGCGCAGGUGAGGGAGGAGCUGCGGGUGAGUCAGGAGCUGCGGGUGAGGCAGGAGCUGUGGGUCAGGCAGGAGGGACAAAUAUGGCAAAAGCCUGGGUCCAGCCCUGGGGCUGCACCCUGCAGGCUGUGCAGGAAAACAGGGCCUCCCGGGAACUGAGACCCUUUUCCGGGAGGGAGCAGCUAGGCUGUGUGGAAGAGUCCUUUGAGAGCUGGCUGGAGCACGCCAAAGACAUGCUACAGUUGUGGUACCAUGAGUCGGAAAGGGACAGGAGGAGGUGGCUGCUGGAGAGCUUGGGCGGCCCGGUCUUGGAUGUCGUGAGCGGCUUCCUGGAGGAAGAUCCCAACUUGUCUGUGCGGGACUGCCUGGCGGCGCUGGGGCAGGUGUUUAGGAACCGGGACACUCGGAUGACUUCUCUGCUGAAGUUCCUGACCUGCACGCAGGGGCCCCAGGAGGGGCUGUUUGCUUUCGUGGUGCGCCUGGAAGGCCUGCUGCAGAGAGCGGUGGAGAAGGGGGCCGUCCACCUCGCCCUGGCCAACCACUUUCGACUGCGGCAGGUGCUGUCUCGGGCCCACCCCGGCGAGGCUCUUCAGGAUACCCUGAAGGAGAUGCAGCUGGAUAGGAGGCCACCCGGCUUCCUGGGGCUGCUUCGGCUCAUCCGGGAGAUGGAGGUGUGGGCGGCCUCCCCAGUGAGGAGCCAGCAGGGUGCAGCCUGGCCAGAGGCCCCAGUGGAGAGUGAAGACCCAGCUGCCGCCCAAGGAGAUACCAGCGAAGCUGAUCCCAUCGGGGAAGAUGCUGCCGAGGCCGCUUCUGCCACCAAAGUGGCCGCCAGGGGUGCCCCUGCCACUGGGGAAGAUGAAAAUGCCCCUACUGGCCUGGAAGGCUUAGGUGGGGCGAGGCCUGUAGAGGUCCCCUGGGGCUCCUCCCUAACCCGGAUGGGCAGUGCUAUCUGGGUGUUCCCAAGAGGUCCUAGCUGGGGUCCAGAGGGUCUCAUCCAGGUGAGAGGCCAUGAAGCCAGGAAUCCCCCAUUGGAGGGGCUCCAGACCAUCUUGGAGGAGUCUGAAAAUGAGGAUGAGGAUGGGGCUGGGGAGGCGGGCCAGCCCAAAUCUUCCCCGGGCAAAUAAGCUCCGAGGGCCCUGGGGCCUCCUCUCCUUCAGGCAGCAGCAUCCGGGAGGCAGAUGGAGGCCAGGCCAGGGCCAGUCCCUCAUCCUACAUCGCGAGUAGGGGUCCCCACCUUCCCCAAGAGGCCCUGGCCACCACCCCCAGCCCUUCCCCAUGAUCCAGAUGACCACAUUUGAUUCCAAAUGGGGUUGGG